AUGAAUACUCUCAACAGGCUUGUUCGCUGGGUUACCGCAGAGCACAAAAAUCCCAGCUCAUUCGGGGAGCAGCCAGAUAUAGAUAUGUCUAUAGCUAGACUUCCCAAUGAGCUACUUUAUCGGAUUUUUGAAUUCUGCGGGCCGUUCGUGGAUGGCAAGAUCUGCAACGGUCAAUGGGCCAAGCUGAUGCGGGUCUGCUGGCGAUGGCAUGGGAUCGCACAGAGCGUCCUCUACAACCAAGCGCCCUUAGCGAUCAGCAUAGAAAGCAACAGAUUAUCAGCCAAAGCUUUACCACCACCCCCUGUAUACAGAUUGUUCCGUUCAUUGACCUUCUAUGAAGAAUCCGAUUUUGCGAGCCACAGGGAGGCAAUACCGCUGGCCGUAAUAGGAUUUCUGACAUCUGUGCGGUCACUGACCGUAGAUUAUCCACUCGAUUCGCGCAUAGCUAACCAUCGGACACUGAUGUCCUUGCUCAUUAAGAUGCCGCUCACCCAUUUGGACCUGCGCAUAUGCCACAAAUUGGAUACGUUGUUGAUGGUCUUUGACAUCCCAACACUGAGACAUCUCAAUAUCAACAACUCGUUCUGGGAUGGAUUCUGCGCUGCCGUCUGGAGAGGAUUUGUCCCUGGAAUAGAGGACCUCGAACAUGUUCUACCAGCGCGAACAAAAAGGACUUCACCAAUCACGAGUCUCCAAGUGCGUUGUUUCAAUUGGCCUAUUGAAAUCAUCAAACGGCUCUUCUCAUGGCCGGCCCACCUGGAACGCGCCGACUUACAUCUGUUGGAUGUCGUUUAUGACGGGAAUGCCGGGGACAUUAUCUUGGAGAUUCUCUCCCCGCAAGCCUCAUCUCUCAAGGCUAUAUCGUUAGGGUCUCUUCCCUUGGCCGAGGGAGAGCAUGUCAUGCCGAGCUUUUCCCAGUUCAGCUGUCUGGAAGAGCUGACUCUAUUUGGCCAGGAUCUCUUCCGCGAGACUCCAGCGGAUGCAGUCUGUCUACUGCAGAUCCCAAGCCUGAAGCGUCUGACAUUGAUCUGGGAGAUGGGCAGUUUUUUAAAAAACGGAAGUCCCCAGAGCCUUAGCGAAGGACACAGCUGUUGGCUUAGGGGCUUCCUUGUGCGGGUGAGAAAAUCGGGCACACUGCCUAGACUCAGGGUUCUAAGGCUAGAUUAUAACAAUGGUGAACCGGAAAUUGAGAAGUUAAGGGAAUCUGCUGAGCAGUGUGGAAUAUGGAUAGUGUUCUCUCGGUGGAAACUCGUGCAUAACUUAUAUGAUCAAUGGAUACCUGUUAAGGAGGCAGUGAUAGGUAGACAGGGUCAUUGA